AUGGUAGCUAAGCACUUCACUGAUCUGAAAGAGAUCACCAGAGAACUCAAUCAAGCUGUCGAUGACAAGAAGCUUCUAGAGAAAAUGAGAAGGGAAGCUAAAUCUGAGUCUGAAAGAAAGGAUGUGAACAAAGGAAUUCUUGAUAUCACCAAAGCCCUCACUGUCAUGAGGAACAACAAGAUUGAUUGGCACUCCAAGAUGAAAAUAGAUGUAUCUCAGCUUUGUGAUCACAUAAUCGAAGAGAUUAAGCGUCAAGAAGAUCUGGCUCGAUGCAGGGAGAAAGAAGAAAAAUGUCAGAGAGCCCAGGACAUAACAAAUAAGCCAAAAGAAGUCAAGGACCAUCAUGUCCAAUCUACUUCAGCUGAUGCUCCAAUUGACACAAGUGCCCCACUGCAGCAGAUUCCUCCAUCCCCUCGUCCUGAGGAAGCAGCCGAGCAACAAGUUGAACCUAUGGUAGUUGUUCCUACCUCAAUCGAACAAGAAGCUGAUGUUGUGGACAUAUAUCUUGUCAAUCCUAAUGAAGUCGGCGUCAUGCCUGAGAAGAAUGCUCAUGAAGAAAAGGUUGACGAAGAAAUUGAGAUGGAAAGGCAAGUCCCGUCGCCUAUGAAGGAUAUUCAAGGUGAACCCUCUGGAUCCACUAAGGAGGGAGAAAAGGUUGAGGGGGAGCAAGUUGCUGCCCAAGGUACCACCGCCAUGGUCUCCUCAUCUGGUGCUGCUACCCCGAUGGAGGUUGACCCUGCUCCUUGUUCUUUGGCUUCAUAG